GAUGAAGAUUUAAGAAGAAAGAAUAGAUUAAGAGGAGUAUGAGAUACUAAUAAGGAAUUUACUAAUGAUUGGAAUAGAGGAGGGGAAAUAUGUUUUUGAAGGUGUUUGGAUUGUUUUUAGUUUGAUUUGUAAAUGUUUUUGGUUUUCCUUGGGAUAGUAUCUUCCUAUAUAUUCAAGUUUCUUUAAUUAUUAAUCGAUUGGGUACCCAAGAAAAUGAAAUAAAGACCAAGACAGAUUGAUCCAACAAAACCAGUGCUUAUCUCUAAUAGUCUAGAAGCAUUCACUAAUGCAGAAGGAUAAGAAGCAGAUAUAAAAAAUACAGAGUAAAUCAUUACACCUGAUCAACUAUUAAAAGAAAAGUAAAUUACAAAUAUUUCAUUUAAUUACUUCUAAGGAUCAAGUAGAACAUUU